GAGCUAGCGUCCGUCCCUGCUGCAGAGGUGCUGUCCGACGAACGACUUAAAGGGCCCCGCGCUCUGCCGCCCCCUCGGCCCGCCAUGCUGCUACCUGUGCCGCUGCUGCUCUGCCUUCUCGGCCUGGCUGCCGCCGAACCCGUCGUCUACUUAAAGGAGCAGUUUCUAGACGGAGACGGGUGGACCAACCGCUGGAUUGAAUCCAAACACAAAACGGAUUUUGGCAAAUUCGUCCUCAGUGCCGGCAAGUUCUACGGUGAUCUGGACAAAGAUAAAGGGCUGCAGACGAGCCAGGAUGCCCGCUUUUACGCCCUGUCGACCAGAUUUGAGCCCUUCAGCAACAAGGACCAGACAUUGGUGGUGCAGUUCACCGUGAAACACGAGCAGAACAUCGACUGUGGGGGCGGCUAUGUGAAGCUAUUUCCAGAUAGUUUGGAACAGACAGACAUGCACGGAGACUCUGAAUACAACAUUAUGUUUGGCCCUGACAUCUGUGGCCCGGGCACCAAGAAGGUUCAUGUCAUCUUCAACUACAAGGGCAAGAAUGUGCUAAUCAAUAAGGAUAUCCGUUGCAAGGAUGAUGAAUUCACACACCUGUACACACUGAUCGUUCGGCCGGAUAAUACCUAUGAGGUGAAGAUUGACAACAGCCAGGUGGAGUCGGGCUCCCUGGAAGACGAUUGGGACUUCUUGCCACCUAAGAAGAUAAAGGAUCCUGAUGCUUCCAAGCCUGAAGACUGGGAUGAGCGGGCCAAGAUUGAUGACCCCACAGACUCCAAACCUGAGGAUUGGGACAAGCCUGAGCACAUCCCUGACCCUGAUGCUAAGAAGCCUGAGGACUGGGAUGAAGAGAUGGAUGGAGAGUGGGAACCACCAGUGAUUCAGAACCCAGAAUACAAGGGUGAGUGGAAGCCCCGACAGAUUGACAACCCAGAUUACAAGGGCACUUGGAUCCACCCAGAGAUCGACAACCCUGAGUAUUCUCCGGAUAGCAAUAUCUAUGCCUAUGAAAACUUUGCUGUGCUGGGCCUAGACCUCUGGCAGGUGAAGUCUGGCACCAUCUUUGACAACUUCCUCAUCACCAACGACGAGGCGUAUGCGGAAGAGUUCGGCAAUGAGACGUGGGGUGUCACAAAGGCGGCAGAAAAGCAAAUGAAAGACAAGCAGGACGAGGAGCAGAGGCUGAAGGAGGAGGAGGAGGACAGGAAGCGCAAGGAGGAGGAGGAGGCGGACAAGGACGACGAGGAUGACAAGGAAGACGAGGACGAGGACGAGGAUGAUAAGGAGGAAGACGAGGAGGAGGACGAGGCCGCCGCCGGCCCAUCCAAGGAUGAGCUGUAGGGGCCGCACCGCCAUUUCCGGGGCUGAACUGAGGCCUGAGCGCUCCUGCCGCACAGCCGGCCGCGCCAAAUAAUGUCUCUAUGAGACUGGAGAACUUUCCUUUUUUUUCCAGGCGGGUUCGGAUUUGGGGUGGAUUUUGGUUUUGUUCUCCCUUUUUUUUUUGUUAUUUGUUUUUUGAACUGGUGUUUUUGUCUAUGAUUCUCCCUCAGCCCUCACCUCUGGCCCUCAUCUUUCUUGACCCUUCGCCGUCCUCUGUCUCUUCUCUCCCCAUGUCCCUUAGUUCCCCUCCAACCUGGGGGCAUGAGGAGGUGGGGAGGAGAAGCUCCAGGCCCAAGAUUCCGACUAUUCACCUUCCUGAAUCCCAGAGUGGGACAGGAAAAGGGCGUGGUGUCCCAGACCCCCAGCACUGAGGAAGAAUGGGGCUCCUAGGGCCCGAGCUCCGACCCCUCACCCCCACUUCCUCCCUUUCUCCCUGCCUCCAGAACUGGGCCACUUCUGGGUGGGGCAGUGGGUUCCAACUCAGCUCAUACAGAAUGUAAGAACUACAAACAAAAUUUCUAUUAAA